AUGAAGCAUUUUUCAGAUAAGUUUCUCUGCUUUGUUUCGAGUAGCAAUAUUAACCUGCAAUGCUUCAUAUGUGUUCAUCAGAAAUUUGAGGCUCCUAAUUUUUGCCAGGCGCCAGCAGAUAAUAGUGUUAGUAUUGGAAUAUGUGAAAUCAGUGAAAGCACUACUGACACAGGAUAUGGAUGGCAUUUACCUCGAUGUUUCUUGUUCACUUGCUUGGCUCAAAACUUGUCCAAACUAAGUUUUGCAUCGUAUAUUUCUUCGGACUCUAAUGAGCUCUCACCAGAUAACGAACUACAGUUAGAGUUCAGGGAAUAUUUGAAACCGUCCCUUCCGUCUCCUCAGACAUCAAAUGAUGCGGACAUGGUUGCUAACCUUUUAAUAGAGCGCCAUGAUCCUUAUAAUGCUGUGGAUCCUCUCUACUUCAUCUCAAUGUUGCUUCUUGAUAUGGAUCAGCUAGGUGAUAAACCGACAUCAAAAACUAUCAGCAUUUUGUUUCGUAGAUUGAUAGCUGCAGGACUCACAAAGCAAGCCGUCCAAGCUUUUGCUGACAUGGAGAAUUUCACAAAACGAGAAACUGAUAGAGAAGAUUUUGUUUACCUUCUUGACACUCUGUGUAAGUAUGGGUAUGUUAAGGUGUCUACGGAGAUCUUCAAUCGAAGGGAAUUCAAAUUUGAACCAGAUACGCAAAUGUAUACAGUUCUGAUUUAUGGUUGGUUCAGAUUAAAUCGACCUGAAGUGGCGGAGAAAUUCUUUGAAGAAAUGGUAGAUCGUGGAUUAGAACCAAGUGUUGUUAGCUAUAAUGUUCUCUUGAGUGGAAUUUGCCGUAGAACGGUCUUACACCCGGGAACUCACUUUGAAGGAAUCAUUCAAAAAGCUGAGAACUUGUUGGAUGAAAUGCAGAAGAUGGGAAUAGAACCAGAUGUGGCUGGCUAUUCUAUCGUUUUCCAUGUUUACAGCCGCGCGCAUAAACCAGAUUUAUCGCUCGAUAAGUUGAGUUCGAUGAAAGAAAAAGGGAUUUUCCCAACAGUAGCAACUCAGUUAUAA